ACCGUUUUUAAAUGAUUGAAUGAAAAUUACAGCCUAUCUGUUGAUAUUGAAUUUCAGACCAUCGUCACCGACGUUCUAUAUACAUUGUAGAGCGCAAUGUUCAGCAACUUGGGAAUUAUAAAUAAACUCAGCAAAUUUGGACGCAAGUUUUCUUCCGAAGCUGUAAGUCGCAACAUCUCAGGUCACACGGUUGUUGAGCAUACUUACGAUGCGGUUAUAGUCGGAGCGGGUGGAGCUGGGCUGCGGGCUGCGCUUGAGCUCAGUUCUACUGGGUACAAGACAGCAUGUGUAUCGAAGCUAUUUCCAACCAGGAGUCAUACAGUGGCCGCUCAGGGCGGUAUUAACGCAGCCCUUGGUAACAUGACCGAAGAUGACUGGAGGUGGCAUGCUUACGAUACAGUCAAGGGAUCUGAUUGGCUAGGAGACCAAGACGCAAUACACUAUAUGUGCAAAGAAGCUCCACAGGCAGUCAUCGAACUUGAAAACUAUGGUCUACCGUUCAGCCGAACAGAGGAAGGUAAAAUAUAUCAACGUGCAUUCGGAGGGCAAUCGCUGAAGUUUGGUAAGGGAGGUCAAGCUUAUCGUUGCGCCGCCGCUGCUGACAGGACUGGACAUGCUAUGUUGCAUACAUUAUAUGGCCAGUCACUUGCCAAAAAAUGCCAGUUCUUUAUUGAAUACUUUUUGCUAGAUUUGCUGCACGAUAACGGACAGGUAGUAGGAUGCAUUUGUAUGCGCAUGUCCAACGGAGAAAUACAUGUGUUUAAAACUAACCACGUUAUUCUGGCAACAGGUGGUUAUGGAAGGUGCUAUUUUAGUUGUACCUCAGCACAUAUGUGUACCGGAGAUGGUAAUGCCGCUGUGUCACGUGCUGGCUUCCCACUACAGGACAUGGAGUUCGUUCAGUUUCACCCAACGGGUAUAUAUCCCGCUGGGUGCUUGAUUACUGAGGGUUGUCGCGGUGAAGGUGGUAUUCUACGUAAUGUUGAGGGUGAGCCUUUUAUGAGUCGAUAUGCCCCUGUGGCCAAGGACCUUGCCUCUCGUGAUGUUGUAUCCAGGGCUAUGACAUGCGAAAUUCUUGAAGGAAGAGGCUGUGGACCAAACAAAGACCACAUUUACUUAGAUCUGACACACCUGAGUGAUGAGGUAUUCCGUGAGAAGCUGCCUGGAAUCACUGAAACAGCGAAAAUCUUUGCAGGUGUUGAUGCAAGGAAACAAUAUAUCCCAGUGCUACCAACUGUACAUUACAACAUGGGUGGCAUUCCUACCAACUGGAGAGCUGAAGCUAUAAAUAGGGAUAACUCAAAGAUCCCUGGGUUGUACGCAGCCGGGGAAACGGCAUGUGCUUCUGUACACGGAGCUAAUAGACUAGGUGCUAACAGCCUCUUGGAUAUUGUAGUCUUUGGUAAAAGGGCUGCUUUAUCGGUAAUGGAGAGUUCCAAGCCUGGAGAUGCUACAAAAGCAAGUGAGAAAGCUAUCCAAAACGCAGUCGACGCAACUAUUGACAAGAUAACCAAGAUAUUGGCAACUGCAUCCAAGGACGGCAUUCCCACUUCUGAAAUCCGUUUGGAAAUGCAAAAGGCAAUGCAAGAUAAUGUCGCCGUAUUCAGAGAUGGAGAACGACUGCAAAAGGGUGUCAAGAUGAUACGUGAUUGUGUCGACAAAUUCAAGGAUGUUAAGAUUAAUGACACUUCACCUGCGUUCAACACAGACUUGUAUGAAACCCUGGAACUGGAAAAUCUACUAAUCCAGGCUAUGCAAACUGUAGCAUCUGCUGAAGCACGCAAAGAAUCUAGAGGAGCUCACUCACGAGAAGAUUACCCGAAGAGGGACGAUGAGAAUUGGAGGAAGCACACGUUGUCAUAUUUUGAUUCAAACGAUCUCAAGGACGUUAAACUUGCAUAUCGUGCAGUAAUCGACGCUACACUCGGUGACGACAUGGAAACUAUACCACCAUUCGAAAGGACGUACUGAUGCAUGAAACCGGUC